CUCCGGCGAUAUCCUACCUUCGCUUCUUGAAUCCCUUCUUCUCUACCCAUCCCUCUGCAUCACUUAGGUUCCAUUUAGGAUUUCAGCGUCUCGCUCUUUCUCCGGUCGUCAUGGACGCCGGUGGAAGCGGCGGCGGUCUCUUCUCCGUCGAUCCCCUCGAGCGGCACGCCGCCAGGGGUCGUGGCGUCAUCACGUCCAUGGCCGCCGGCAACGACGUCAUCAUCCUUGGCACCAGCAAGGGUUGGGUCAUUCGCUAUGAUUUUGGGGUCGGGGACUCGCAAGAUCUUGACUUCUCUGGAGGCCGAGGCGGUGAUCAGCUGGUGCACCGUGUCUUCGUUGACCCCCGAGGGAGCCACUGCAUUGCAACGGUCCUCCAUGCGGCCGGGGCUGAGACAUACUAUAUCCACGCAAAGUGGGCACGGCCUAGGGUUUUGAGCCGGCUGAAAGGAUUGGUCGUCAAUGCGGUGGCCUGGAACCGACAGCAGAUCACGGAAGGAUCAACGAAGGAGGUGAUUCUUGGUACUGAAAACGGGCAGUUGUUUGAGAUGGCGGUUGACGAGGUGGAUAAGAAGGAGAAGCAUGUAAAGUUGCUGUUUGAGCUGACUGAGCUUCCUGAAGCCAUAAUGGGUUUGCAGAUGGAAACAGCUGCUCUAAGUAAUGCAACAAGGUUUUAUGUGAUGGCCGUGACACCAACCAGAUUGUACUCUUUCACUGGUAUUGGUUCAUUGGAGACUGUAUUUGCCAGCUAUUCAGAUCGUGCGGUGCAUUUUAUGGAGCUUCCUGGAGAAAUUCCCAAUAGUGAGCUACACUUUUUUAUUAAGCAGCGGAGGGCCCAACAUUUUGCCUGGCUCUCUGGGGCUGGAAUUUAUCAUGGUGAUUUAAAUUUUGGUGCACAACACAGCUCAACCAAUGGAGAUGAGAACUUUGUUGAAAACAAGGGUCUUUUGGACUAUUCAAAAUUGGGUGAAGUGGGCGAAGCCAAUAAACCAAGAUCUUUUGCAGUGUCUGAGUUCCACUUUUUGGUUCUGAUUGGCAACAAGGUUAAGGUUGUCAACAGAAUCAGCCAACAAAUAGUAGAGGACCUUAAAUUUGAUCAUACGCCAGAAUCAUCAAAAGGAAUUAUUGGGUUGUGCAGUGAUGCCACGGCUGGAUUAUUCUAUGCAUUUGAUGAGAACUCUAUAUUCCAGGUUUCUGUUCAAGAUGAGAGCCGUGACAUGUGGCAAUUCUACCUAGACAUGAAGGAAUAUGCUACUGCUUUAGCCUAUUGUCGAAAUCCAAUCCAGAGAGAUCAAGUUUAUUUAGUGCAGGCCGAUGCUGCUUUUUCCACCAGAGAUUACUACAGAGCGGCUUCUUUCUAUGCUAAGGUGAACUACAUCAAGUCAUUUGAAGAAAUCAGCUUGAAGUUUGUAAUGGCAGAUGAGUUGGAUGCACUAAGGACAUUCUUGCUAAGAAGGCUUGAUAAUCUGACUAAGGAUGACAAGUGUCAAGUCACAAUGAUUUCCAUGUGGGCUGUGGAGCUGUACUUAGACAAGAUUAACCGUUUGCUAUUGGAAGAUGACACUGGCAAGGUUGGUAAUGUAGCAUCAGAAGCCAACAAGACUGAGUACGAGUCAAUUGUACUGGAAUUUCGGGCCUUUCUUAGUGACUGCAAGGAUGUUUUGGAUGAGGCAACAACAAUGGACCUUCUGGAGAGGCAUGGUAGAAUUGAUGAGUUGGUCUUCUUUGCUGGACUAAAGGAGCACUAUGAAAUCGUCGUUCACCAUUACAUUCAGCAAGGAGAAACAAGGAAAGCUUUAGAGGUGCUUCAAAGACCCAAUGUCCCCAUAGAUCUUCUGUAUAAGUUUGCUCCUGAUCUUAUUAUGCUCGAUGCUUACGAGACGGUUGAAUCAUGGAUGGUUACAAAUAAGCUGAACCCCAUGAAGCUAAUACCAGCAAUGAUGCGCUAUGCAAGUGAACCACAUGCCAAGAAUGAAACCCAUGAGGUUAUUAAGUACUUAGAAUUCUGCGUCCAUAAUUUGCAUAAUGAGGACCCUGGGGUGCAUAAUUUGUUGCUUUCCUUGUAUGCCAAACAGGAGGAUGAGAGUGCACUGGUGCGAUUCUUGCAAUUCAAGUUUGGCAGAGGACGGCCAAAUGGUCCCGAGUUUUUCUAUGAUCCCAAAUAUGCACUUCGGCUCUGUUUAAAGGAAAAGAAAAUGCGUGCAUGUAUUCAUAUUUAUAGCAUGAUGUCUAUGCAUGAAGAAGCUGUGGCUCUUGCAUUGCAGGUAGACCCAGAACUUGCUAUGGCAGAAGCAGAUAAAGUUGAAGAUGAUGAAGACUUGAGAAAGAAAUUGUGGCUUAUGAUUGCAAAACAUGUAAUUGAGCAAGAGAAGGGAGUUAAGAGGGAGAAUAUACGAAGAGCAAUAGCAUUUCUCAAGGAGACUGAUGGACUUCUGAAGAUUGAGGAUAUUCUCCCAUUCUUCCCGGACUUUGCGCUUAUUGAUGACUUCAAAGAGGCAAUCUGUUCUUCAUUGGAAGAUUACAACAAGCAGAUUGAGCAACUGAAACAAGAAAUGAAUGAUGCUACUCAUGGCGCAGACAAUAUACGGAGUGAUAUCAGUGCUCUCGCCCAAAGAUACACUGUUAUUGAUCGUGAUGAAGAAUGUGGGGUUUGCAAACGUAAAAUAUUAACUGCUGGAGGGGCACCUCGGCUGGCUAGAGGCUAUACAUCAAUUGGACCUAUGGCCCCUUUCUAUGUUUUCCCCUGUGGUCACGCCUUCCAUGCGCAAUGUCUAAUUCGUCAUGUGACUGAGUGCACAAGUGAAACUCAAGCUGAAUAUAUACUAGGCAUUCAAAAGAAGCUCAGCUUACUCGGAGAGAAGGCAACAAAUGAUUCAAGUGUUUCCGCAAAUGAUGAAUCUAUCACAAGCAUGACACCUCUUGAUAAACUACGGUCACAGUUGGAUGAUGCUAUAGCAAAUGAGUGCCCUUUCUGUGGUGACUUGAUGAUCAGAGAAAUCUCACUGUCCUUUGUUCUGCCUAGAGAAGCAGAAGAGAUGACUUCUUGGGAGAUUAAGCCUCACAUCACAAGUCAGAAAAUUCUACCAAUGACCAUAUGAUCUGGCGUUUUCGCCAUUCAAAUUUGUCUUUGUGUGAUUUAUGUGUCUGCUUGUGUGAUAAAAGGAACUGCCAGCAGCAUCCGUUAUUUAUAACACGUUGAAGUAUCCUCUUUUUCUGGCUUUCAUUAACAUUUAAUCUUAUGCUUUUCUGAAUAUGAUAUUCACUAAAUUUUUUUGGACAUAUUCAAGUAACUGUUUAUGUUACUAA